AUGUCAAAGAGAAAAUAUGAAUCUGGUGCCUCAAAAAGGAAACGAAAAAUGCAAGAAGAAGUUUUUAUAGAUAAACAGAAAGGGUCGUUUUUAAAAUAUUUAACUACAAACAAAAAUGUUGAUAAUGAACAAAAACAAAUUAAUGUUGAUAAUGAAAAAGAACAAACUAAUGUUGAUAAUAAUGAUCAUGAAACAACUAAUAUUGAAAAUGAUAAUGAACCAACUAAUAUUGACAAUGAUAAUGAAAAAACUAAUAUUGAAAUUGAUAACGAAAAAACUAAUAGUGAAAAUGAUAAUGAACAAACUAAUAUUGAAAUUGAUAGUGAAAAUGAUAACGAACAAACUAAUAUUGAAAUUGAUAACGAACAAAUUAAUAGUGAAAAUGAUAACGAAGAAACUAAUAUUGAAAUUGAUAACGAACAAACUAAUAAUGAAAAUGAUAACACGCCUUUAAACAUAUAUGAUCAAAGUAGAUGGAAUAAUAUAAGUACUAAUUUAAGAGAUUUAAUCGUAGAAAAAGGUCCUAUUAAGAUUUAUGAUUUUAAAUUUCCAAAAGAUCAACAUUUAAGAAGCUUUAGUACAUCUCUUUACAUGCAAAAAAUAUCAAAUGGAGAAAAAUACGAACGAACAUGGUUGGUUUAUUCCAUAGAUGUAGAUAGAGUUUUUUGUUUUUGUUGUAAAUUAUUUAAUGUGAAUACAACUACAUGUACAUUAGCACAUAAAGGUAAUAAUGAUUGGAACAAUAUUUCUUGUAUACUAAAAAGACACGAAACAAGUAACGGACACAUUCUUAAUAUGAGGUCAUGGAUUGACUUAGAAAACAGAUUAGCAAAUAAUAAAACAAUUGACAAGCAAGUCCAAGAACGAAUAAAUAAAGAAAAAGAACAUUGGAAAAAUGUAUUAAAAAGAAUCAUUGCUGUAGUAAAAACAUUAGGAAAAAAUAAUUUAGCAUUUCGUGGAACAAAUGAAAAGAUUUAUGAAGAAAAUAAUGGUAAUUUUAUAACUAUAAUUGAAAUGAUUGCGGAAUUUGAUCUUAUUAUGCAAGAACAUAUUAGGAGAAUUAAUGACAAAGAAAUUCAUAAUCAUUAUCUUGGACACAAUAUGCAAAAUGAACUUAUUAGUUUAUUAGGAGAAGAAGUUAAAAGUAAAAUAAUUAAAAAGGUAAAAGAGGCUAAAUACUUUUCAAUAAUACUUGAUUGUACUCCCGAUACAAGUCAUAAGGAACAAAUGUCAAUUAUCUUACGAUGUUUAGAUCUUUCAACAACUCCAAUUGAAGUUAAGGAGUACUUUUUAGGAUUUUUAAUUGUAGAUAAUACAACCGGUAAAGGCUUAUAUGAUGCAAUAGUUGAUGAAAUUAAAAAUCUAGGACUAAAUAUAAAUGAUGUUAGGGGUCAAGGUUAUGACAAUGGAUCAAAUAUGAAAGGAAAACAUCAAGGUGUACAGAAACGAUUGUUAGAUAUUAACCCUAGAGCAUUCUACACUCCGUGUGGUUGUCAUAGUUUAAAUUUAGUAAUUUGUGAUAUGGCUAAUUUGUGUGAGAAAGCUAGUGAAUUUUUUGGAGUUAUACAACGAAUGAUUAUUUGGUAUGAUGUUUUGUUUGCUAUUAACACUGUUAGUAAAAGCUUGCAAUCAAAAGAUAUGUGUAUCGAUGAUGCUAUAGAUCAACUAAAUGGACUUUUGUGUUUCUUUGAAGAAUAUAGAGAAAAUGGAUUUGAAAAGGCUUUAGAUUAUGCAAAAGAAUUAGCUUUAGAAAUGAACGUAAAACCUAAAUUUCGUGAAAAGCGUAUCAUUCAAAGAAAUAGACGAUAUGAUGAAAAUGUUGCUAAUGAAACUAUUAAAACUCUUGUUCAGUUAUUUAAAACUGAUUAUUUUUUAUAUGUAGUAGAUAAAGUCAUUACUUCACUUAAAAGUAGAUUUGAGCAAUUUAACGAGUUCAAAAAUAUUUUUGGUUUUCUAUUUAGUAUAGAAAAAUUAAAAUCAUUUGAUGAGAAUACUUUAAAAGAACAUUGUUUAAAUCUUGAAAAAUCUUUAAAGCAUGAUGAUAGCUUAGAUAUUGAUGGUUUAGAUUUAUUUCACGAACUAAAACUUUUAAGACAUGUUGUACAUUUAAAAUGUGAUACAAUUAUUAAUAUACUUAAUUACAUUAAAAAGUUUAGUUCUUUUCCAAAUGCAUACGUUGCCUAUAGGAUUAUGUUAACUAUUCCUGUAACUGUUGCCUUUGCAGAAAGAAGUUUUUCUAAAUUAAAAUUGUUAAAAAAUUAUUUAAGAUCUACAAUGUCACAAGAAAGAUUAAAUGGAUUAGCUAUUUUGUCAAUUGAAAAACAUUUAGUAAAAGAGAUUGAUUAUGAAAAUUUUAUUAAAGAAUUUGCAUCUAGAAAGGCUAGAAAAAUUAACUUUAUGUCAUAA